UUACUUUCCUUAAAUGAACUUAGUUAUCACGCAAGGAUAUAAAAAUCCCCAAUUUAGAAGAUAAAAUCCUCACAUUCUUCUUCGUUAAUCGCUCUUUUCACACUCCUACGCCAGCUGCUGACAAUCAAUCGCCGCAGCAGAUUAGUUCAAAAAGCAGCGGAGCGCCGCCUCCUCGCCGCCGUGGACCAGAACAUAUGCAAAAGCAGCUGCAGCUAAUAAUUUUAGAGGAAUAAAUAAAGUGGUCGCGCUGAAAUUGAUUGUUUUUGAAAAAAAAUAAUCAAAAAGCUUUAUGCGACAAAGCAGGGGAUGUUCUUGAGCGAGGAGAAGAUGUGCGUUUCGGCUUGAGCUGUGGAUGAAUGGUCGGUAAGUAGUGUGAUUGGGGAAAGCAGCGAAAAUGGUGGUGCGGAAGGUGGGGAAGUAUGAGGUGGGGCGGACGAUUGGGGAAGGGACAUUUGCGAAAGUGAAGUUCGCGCAGAACACGGAAACUGGGGAGAGCGUCGCCAUGAAAGUCCUCGAUCGGUCCACGAUAAUCAAGCACAAGAUGAUUGAACAGAUAAAGCGGGAGAUAUAUAUUAUGAAGCGUGUUAGACAUCCCCAUGUUGUUCGUUUACAUGAGGUCAUAGCAAGCCGCACAAAGAUAUAUAUCAUACUGGAGUUCAUCACGGGUGGUGAAUUGUUCGAUAAAAUUGUUCACCAUGGAAGACUUAGUGAAUCUGAAGCUCGAAGAUACUUCCAGCAGCUAAUUGAUGGUGUUGAUUAUUGCCACAGUAAGGGAGUGUAUCACAGAGACUUAAAGCCUGAAAAUCUGUUGCUUGAUUCCCAAGGGAAUCUAAAGAUCUCUGAUUUUGGGCUUAGUGCCUUGCCCGCAGAAGGGGUCACCCUUCUCCGCACAACUUGUGGUACUCCUAAUUAUGUUGCGCCAGAGGUUCUUAGUCAUAAAGGCUACCAUGGUGCUUUAGCUGAUAUCUGGUCAUGUGGGGUCAUCCUCUAUGUUCUGAUGGCUGGGUAUUUGCCGUUUGAUGAGCUUGAUUUGACAACAUUAUAUGGGAAGAUUGAUAAUGCAGAUUUUUCUUGUCCAUCAUGGUUCCCAGUUGGAGCAAAAUCCUUGAUCCACCGGAUUUUAGACCCGAAUCCUGAAACUCGCAUUCGAAUUGAAGAGAUCAGAAAUGAUGAGUGGUUUGAAAAGAAUUAUAAUCCUGUCGGACUUUCAGAAGCUGAAGACAUUGAUUUGGAUGAUAUUAAUGCUGCUUUUGAUGAUCCCGAGGAAGAAUUGCCUAAUGAGCAAUGUGUGAAUAAUGAUGAUAUGGGGCCUCUAGAUCUCAAUGCAUUUGACUUGAUUAUUCUUUCUCAAGGGUUAAAUCUUUCAGCCUUGUUUGAUCGCAAGGAGAAUUCCCUGAAACAUCAAACACGAUUUGUUUCUCAAAAACCGGCUAAGGUUGCCCUGUCAAGUAUGGAAGUUGUUGCUCAGUCAAUGGGUUUCAAGACGCACAUCCGAAAUUACAAGAUGAGAGUUGAAGGUCUAUCUGCUAAUAAGACUUCGCAUUUCUCCGUGAUAAUGGAGAUCUUUCAAGUUGCACCACCAUUCAUCAUGGUUGACAUCCAGAAAGCAGCUGGAGACGCCGAGGAGUAUCUGAAGUUCUACAAGAACUUCUGUAACAAUCUGGAUGAUAUUAUCUGGAGGCCGCCCGAUGAAACUGGCAAGUCGAGGAUCACCAAGACGAAGAGUAAGAAAAGAUAAUCUUACAAUGCUCCUGUACAAUAUUGUUGUAGAGGUGUAAACAGUUGAUGUUCGAAUUCCGGAGAUCCAGUGACAUCGACUCGUACAACUCCAACGGAAUCUGCUUCCACUUAGAGGCAACAGUAUGACUUAGGUCACAUGUGAUCCCCGUGUGUUGUGUAUCAUUUGUAUGGUGUUUUAGUCGUGAGUUUUUUUGGUAAUGUAUUUCUCUCUUGUGAAAUGCAGCGUGAUAUUUGACUGUCCAAGUUUGUUUGGGUUGGUUUGGUUUGCUGUGAUCAUAACACUUUAUUU